AUGUUCAAGCUCGUGGUAUUGUCCGCUCUCCUCGUCGCCGCGGCCGCCGAGCCGGGCUUCUUCUCCGCCCGGCUGGCGCCAGUCACUUACGUGGCGACCUUAGCGGCUCCAGCCACCACCACCUACGUGCAGCACUCCAGCAGCUACUUAGCACCCACGGUCUACUCAUCCCUGCCCUACCCUCACUUCAUCAAGAAGCGUUCGGCAGAAGCUGACACCGCCGCUGAGGAUGCAGCACCACAAACAGCACACAAUAAGCGCUCGGUUCUGCUCGCAGAUCCCAUCAUCGCCCGCGCGUCGUACGGCCCUGCCUACAUUGCGUCCGCCCCUCUGGCUGCAUCCUACUCCCCCGCUAUCAUCCCCAGUGCCUCCUUCUACGGGUCCUACUAUCCGUCAUACUACGCAGGCUAUCCCGCUGCGUUGCCCUUCAUAAAGAAG